CUUUAAAUACCGCAAGAAAUGACAAAAGUGAAAAGUCUUUCUGUGGAACAAGAUGAAAAUAAUCAGGAUGUAUUGGAAUUUGAAGAUAAUCUUGAGAAGACGUCACGCGACUUAGUCACAGAUAUUUUAAAUCGGGCUAGAUCUACAAUCGCACAUGAAUCGUCAGGUACAAAACAGAUUAUGUUGCCUUCACAAGAUUUUGUAUCAUCGCUACCACAGUUAUUGAUAACAACUCCAUCUUCAUCUAAAUAUGUCAGUGAAAAUGAUAUGAAUACGGACAAAUGUGCUGAUGCGUUUGGCAUUACAUCAGUAAAUCAUAAGUCUGUCAUAAAUGAAGAGAUUCAACCCUCAAAUUUUCAUGAACAACUAAGUAUCCAACAGACACCAUCUGAAAAAAAGGUUCCUAAUCAGUGUCAAACAAAAUUUGAUUUCAAGUCAAAUAUUUUGAAUGAUUUCAGAGGUAUUGGAGUUGGCUCAGCUACACCAGAUACUCCACGUCAAAAAGACUAUCAAUGGAAAUCAAAUAUAGAUUUACCUCCAACAAAUAAUACUACUUUCACUCAUUCAUACAACUAUCCUCAGAAACCUGUUUAUUUAAGAGAAAUGUGUCUGUCACCUUCAAGUCUUUCGUAUGAUUUAGUUAAAGAUGAUUUAUUUACGUCAUCUCGACCAACCAAUUCUAAUUGUAUUGGCGAAUUCGAAACAUCAUCUAGAAUGCUAACAUACAGACAAGACUCCCCAACAGUUAUAAAUACAGACGAUAUGGAACAGAAGUUGAAACCAUUCAGUUCACCUCUACCAAUCUAUAUUCCCUCAACAGCGUGUACACGUAUUCUUAAAAAUUCUGAAGUUCAUAGAUUUACAGGUGACUGUAUUUCACAUCCGAGAAGACUUAAACACAAUGAUUCUGAAGUUGGUAAAUUAUCGUACAGUGACAGUAUAUCUUCAGAAUUAGAAAAACUAAGUAUCGAGUAUAAAAAUGACAGUUUUAUAACAAAUAAAAAGCAAGCUAACAAACCGAAUGUACCCCGUUUACAAUUACCUUCAAGUCCAAAAUUAUCACAUUCACCUAAAACUAAUCAAAUGAGGAUUCGUCAAUCUUCAGCAGCAAAUAAAUCAAACAGUUUGAAAAUACCUAAAUCUACAAGCUCAUCAUUGUGUUGGUGGGAACCAUUUAAUCGUCAUGAUGCUCAGAUUAUGGAAGUAGAAGGAAUAAAUAAUUCACUAUAUAAUGAUAAAUUUAACCUACCUGAACCUAAUCCAGAAGUACUAAAACAUUAUUAUUAUUUAUGUGCUCAACAGCCAGUGAAAGAAGCUUCUCUUAUGAAAGCAAUAAAUGAAGCUGAAAUUCAAGCAAAAUAUGAUAAAAUUGCACAUUAUGAAUUUUUAAGACGAAAAUCUUUACAACAUCAACAUAAGCGAACUAGAUUUUUAAAUUCACAUCAAUCUAGAAAGUUCGACAUUGAAUCGAAACAUUUAAACAAAAUAAAUAAUAACAACAAUAAUAGUACCAAUCGAUCAAAUUUAUGUAGACCUGAACAUUUUACACAUUUAUUACAAAAGGAGAACAAACCGAAAAAAUCUUUUCAAUAUUCAGAUGAAGAUGAUUUAUGUUCAACUAUGAAAAAGUCAGAAAAACGACGAUCAGUAUUAAGUAGUACAAUUCAUAAUUCACAACCUAGAAGAGUAACUUCAAGAUCAAACAGUCGAGUUCGUAGUUCAUUGAAAGUACGCAAUAAAAGUUUAGAUAAAAAUGAAUAUAAUCAGAAUGAUAGCAUUAAUCAUCAUAUUCAUCUUGAUGAUCAUAAAAGAAGACUGAAUAGUUCAAAUAAUCGAAGAAUACAGAGAAGCCAAUCUCCAGUUGAAAAUAGGAUAAAUACUAUUAGAGAUUCAAAUUACAAUAGAUCGAUUCAUUCACCAAUUAGUUAUUUUUUGGAUUUCAAUGAUAAACCAGAUUAUAAUCAACAUUGUACAAAUCUUCAUUCAGAAUAUUGUCCUAUAAAUAAACAAAAUGAGGAUUCACCUACAUAUAUUAAUUCUGAGUAUGCAGAUAAUCUACCUAAACCAUUUCACUCAACAGAGUUGCAAACUGAAAACCAUUCAAAUGAAAAUGGACUACACAGCAAGAGUAUUAAUUCACGUCGAAAUAAUCUACGUACUAUUCAUCCGAAUUCUUCAUUUCAUAGAAAUUCAGACUUAUAUUCUGGAUCAUUGGAUAGAUUAAGGAGACGAUGUCAUUCAAUUGAAAGGGAACUAGGUUCAAUUGAAAGAGAUAAAUUAGAACAAGGUUUGAGUAAUCCGAUAUCAGGUGAUCCAAGAGUUGAUGCUCUAACAUCGGCCAAUAGAAUAUUACGUCAAAGAUUACAUGAUAUACAAAAGUUACAAGAAAAUAGAGAACAUGCUUUGAAUAAAGCUCAUGAAAUGGUUAAUGGUUUGUUAAAUAAGCAACAAAAGCAAGCCUCAAUAAUUCGUGAAAGUACACGAAACUUUGCACAAACACCGUCAACUUUAUUAACAAAUAAUCACGAUAUUGAUAAAGAUUUUAAUAGAAAAAGUUACAUCACAAAUUUAUACAAACCAGUGAUUAAAGAUGAUUCAUUUAAUUUGCCUACUUAUACACCAACUAAAUAUGGACAUUACCAUAAUCAACAUCAUCUUCAGUGUCAUCAUGACGCCAAUUAUAUCACUGAUCAUUAUGACCGAAAUUAUAAUCAGCAUUCACCGUAUAAUUAUUGUUCAAAUCAACGGAAACCAUUUGAUUCUAGAAAUAAUUCAACAAAUUUGUUACUAGAAAAAUUACGUUCAGAUUAUGCAGAUUUAGCAAACAGUGUUUGUCGUAUUGAAGAAAAAGCACGAGAUGCUGCCUCUUCUGUACAAUCAUUAUUAAGACAAUUUCAAAUGGGUCUUAUGGAACCGGUUAAUUUCAAUUCAAUGAAUCAAUUACUGAAUAAUGAUUCUCAUGAGUCAUUUAAUAGAGAGUCACAUUCAAACGAGUUAUAUGAUAAAUCUGUUAUGCUUAGAUUACAAAAAGCAAGAGAUACAUUAGAUCAAUUGAAAGCUGAUUCGUUUCGACCAUCAAUAAACUUUCAAAGACAAGUAGACUAUACUGUACCACUAACAAUAUCAGUAGCACCAACGACCAAUUCAUUAUUAUCGUCCUCAAUACCAGUAAUGACAACAACAUCUGGUACAGUUCCGCCAAAAAUGAAUCAUUAUAAUCUACAUGAACCAGAUUUAAAACAUCCUAAUGUGUAUAAUCGUCCUUAUACUAACUCAUUAAGAUCAACUUGGCAUAUUAGUUAA